GAAGAAAGCCCGGGGUCAUAUUUAGGUUGCCCUGGGAAAACUAAUAGGCUACAUUGCUAGCACUAAAUAGGGUGCAAGUAGGAAUAUAAAACCAGCGGUAUCGCGCUAUAGAUCUACCUCCAACCUGUUUGUUUGUCUUCAACUCCGACUGCAUUAUUUUAAAAAUGACGACUGUGUCGUUUGGUCGGAUGUUUGUGGUCGUUUUAACCUGAUAAACACUGUUGCUAACGUUAGCCUGUUAGCAUUCCUGGCUGUUUUUAAUGCUGCAGCACCGUGACCCUCCCCGGAUUUCUGCUGAACCGCAACUGAUUUGACGAUUCUCUAACUUUGAAAAAGGAUGUUCCUGGUGGGACUGACCGGGGGGAUCGCCUCGGGGAAAAGCGCGGUUUCCUCAAUGCUACGGGAGCUCGGCUGCCCCAUUAUAGAUGCAGAUGUGGUGGCCAGGAAAGUCGUGGAGCCACACACUCCUGCCUACUCCCGGAUCGUCUACCACUUUGGGCACGAGGUUCUGCUGGAGAACGGGCAGAUUGACCGGCAGAAGCUCGGCCAAAUCAUCUUUGCCCAUGAAGAGAAGAGGAGGCUGCUAAACUCCAUCACACACCCCGAGAUUCACAAAGCGAUGCUCAAAGAGAUCAUAUUCUACUUCCUGAGAGGUUACCGAUAUGUGGUCUUGGAUGUUCCCCUCCUGUUUGAAACCAGACGUCUCACCAAGUUUUUGAACCACACCGUGGUAGUUUACUGUGACCCUGCGACCCAGCUCCAGCGCCUCAUGCAGAGGGACAACCUGACCCAGGAGCAGGCCGAGCAGCGCGUGGCAGCGCAGAUGCCGCUCAACGAGAAGCGCGGCUUGGCCAACCACGUCAUUGAGAACUCAGGUAGCCGAGAGGACACCCACAGGCAGGUCCUGCGGCUCCACACGAAGCUGGAGGACUCCAUGGACUUCCUCUUAGUGAGGGUGAUCGCCGUCGCUGCCACCGCUGGUCUGAGUGGAAUGCUGCUGUACGCGGCCAAGCUGCUGUUGUCCUAACAAAAGAAACAGAGGAUGAGAAGAACAAGUCUAAAAUGUGAAGCUGCGAUUAGAGUCGAGUAAAGGCAAGUCGAAAGUACUGAUGCGGUUUUCUGUGAAAUUAGUUUCACAGCACCUACCACUAACAGCGCAGCAGUGUGGCGCUUCAUGUUGACAGUUACACAGACCUAGAAAAACUCUCUGACAAAUAGGGCUUAGUGCAAAGAAUGCAGUUUGUUCUGGCUUUUCUCAGCAAGACUAAACAGUGAAGUUGAUGAAGUAGAAUCUCUUAAGCUUAGCAUAAAAAUAAUUUUGCUAUGAAUGCAAAACAACCAAAACGUUCACCCACUUUUUUAAAACAUGUUUAAUUAUUCAAAUUGGACAGUAGAUGAUGUUUUCAUUUGAAAACAAAAGUAUCUUUUAAUAGCUGCUACCUUUUAAUCCAGAUUUUAAGUUGUCAUUAAUUUGGCACUAACUCACUUUAUAUUUUUAGCUAAAUGUUGGUGCUAGCCCCCCACCAAAAGUAUGUUUUUAAAGUGGAAAUUAUAUUAAAGAGCAAAGAAACUUCAAGGUGACGCAUACAGAACAUGUAAUGAUUGUAUAAUGAUGGUAUAUUUGACAGAAUGUAAUUGACAAUCCGUUUUUUUCUUCACUGGGAACAGUAGGAAUUAACAGGGUUCACAUUUAUCACUGUAUUUUCUUACACGUCAUAUGUUCUCUGUUGAAGUAAAAAUCUGUAAUCUUAUUUUGUUUUUGCACACUCGUAACUAAAAUGUUUGUAACCUCAUAUGUGUAACUUAAAUAUAACAGACCACACCACUGUAAAAA